AUGUCUAUGGCUCUUGCCAUAUGGCCCGUAUCACUGCACUUAGACAUCUUGGCCAAUUCCCAAACGGUGUAUCUGGACAGAGAGAACGGACAUAUCCGUUUUACAUAUGUAACGGCAAUCCCCGGACCAAAAGAAGAUCUCCGGACCAAUGAGCUGUGUAGGUCUUUGCGGAGCCAGUUCCGUUUGGCAGGGAUCGUCUCUUCUAAGUACGGGUACAAAUUCACGGAGGUCCGUAUCAACAUGAACACAACUUGCCCAUUUUCUACCUACCUGCGAUCUGCGGUAUGGCUACUUUGUCGCUCAACUACCUAUGUCAUUGUCAACUUGAUGGUCGUCCUACGGGUCAACCAUGUCUCAGAAUACGGCUUUGGGAGCAAGGAGCACAUGCCUCCGAGCCUCCCAAGCUUCACCUUCACUAUCAUGUCGGUACCGGGGUGUCAAUCGGACCGUUCGGAUCUGCGUCUGGUUCCGGACGACGCUCCCAUGACUAGAUACGGAUAUGUCGGGAGGCUGAAUCCUUCGGGCAUCGCCUGA